AUGGGGGACGGGAGAGGAAACGAGGCGUACCCGCAAGUCGCUUCAUUGUUUUACUUAUCGGCUACCCAUGUCGAGAACCCUGGUAUAUUUCAGGCACGUUAUUACAACGACACUUCAUACUCUUGCACACAAGUCGACCUUUUUGACUUCAAUUGCGCCGAUACACCAGUGCCUUGUAUCACAUCCUUGCAAUGUAUGGAUUUCAAAUAA